CAGAGGGUCAUCUGCUUGCGGUAUUUCCAUGUAAAUUCUACACGGUCACCGACCACCUCGCUUUAAAAGCUCUUCCGCGCGUCCUCGUCUCCAUGGUUUCAACUUCGAACGCAAAGGCUUGAUGACUCUAAGCUUCGUUCCGGGGUUUUGGGCUUUGCAAUGGGGGAAGGUGCGGGCUUGGUGCUGCGAUGGAGUCUCUGCAGCCGUCUUAACUGUUUCUUAUGCGGUCUCCGUCUUGUUCUUAGCUAUCGUCGGAAGUACGUUGGGAGCUUUAGUGGGAGUUCUGAUCGGCGUGAAAAGCAAGAACAACCCCUUCUACAGCGUGGCGGUAGGAGCAGUUGCCGGUGGCAUGUUCUUGACUAAAGUCUUCAGGAUGUCUGUUUCUUUCUGGCUGUCUGAUGACUGUUUGUUCGGCAACAUUCUUCGAUUGAGUGACUCGACGACAGAACUUGAUGCCGGAAAAUUAGUUCAACAGUUGUUGGAUAGUCUCACGCUGUCGAGAUUAGAGCAGACUCCAGCACAUGCCAACAAUAUGGUUAGCGAAAUCGCAAUAGACCAGGACAACGUAACGAGAAAUUCAUCUAACAGGUUUCGCAAGAUCAUAAUAACGGAGGACCACUUGAUGGAUUCUUCAGGAAAUAGAAACUCCUGCUCAAUAUGCCUUCGGGACUUUGAAUGUCGAGACGUGGCGAGGAGAUUGCGUGACUGUCGCCACUUGUUUCAUCUCCAUUGCAUCGAUAAGUGGAUUUCCAAGCAAAGAUCUUGCCCUUUAUGCGGAAGUACCGUAGUUAAAGUGAAUUAA